AUGAGCAGCCGAGGCGCCGCCAGGCCGAACGGGCAGUCCCAAGCUGGGAAGAUCUGUCAGUUCAAACUGGUGCUGCUGGGGGAGUCGGCCGUGGGCAAGUCCAGCCUGGUGCUGCGCUUCGUCAAGGGCCAGUUCCACGAGUACCAGGAGAGCACCAUCGGAGCGGCAUUCCUCACACAGUCCGUCUGCCUGGAUGACACAACGGUCAAGUUUGAGAUCUGGGAUACAGCGGGGCAGGAGCGGUACCACAGCCUGGCCCCCAUGUACUACCGGGGGGCCCAGGCCGCCAUCGUGGUCUAUGACAUCACCAACCAGGAAACCUUUGCACGGGCCAAGACAUGGGUGAAGGAGCUGCAGCGCCAGGCGAGCCCCAGCAUCGUCAUCGCCCUGGCCGGCAACAAAGCCGACCUGGCCAGCAAGCGCAUGGUGGAGUACGAGGAGGCUCAGGCGUAUGCAGAUGACAACAGCCUCUUGUUCAUGGAGACGUCGGCCAAGACGGCGAUGAACGUCAAUGACCUCUUCCUGGCCAUCGCCAAGAAGCUGCCAAAGAGCGAUCCCCAGAGCACGAGCGGGGCCGGGGGCCGGGGCCGCGGCGUGGACCUGCACGAGCAGAGCCAGCAGCACAGGAGCCAGUGUUGUAGCAACUGAGGCCGGGCCGAGCCAGGACCCCCCUUCUCCAUCCACACCCCCCC